CUUAGUCUCUGGGCGCAUCUCAGACAUCUCGGGAUCGCAGGGGGAGCUCAUCCUGGGGGGUCGCAGAGGUGCCGGCGCGGGAGUGGGUGCGGCCCGGCCGGGCCCGGGCCGGCUGAAGGCGGAGGUGCGUGCUUGCUCGCAGAGUCCGCCAGGCACGCGCCGGGGGCUCGGAGGAGCCAGCUCCCUUCCCGCUCCCGCUCCCGCCCCCUUGCCGCGCAGGGCUGACCGGGCCGCUCCUCCCCUGGGUGGGUCCCGGCUCCUUUUCUGGCAGAGUCUAUCUGCAUAGAGGAAACUGCCCAAAGUGGCUGUGGCGGAGCUGCUGGCGGAGGGGAAGGGGGCGUGCGCCGAUCCGCUGCUGCCUGGAGCCCGAGCCCCGCGCGCCGGCCGACCUCGUGCCUAGGGUUCUCUGCCCGCUCCCGGCGCGCUCAGCCUUCAGCCCGGCGCUGCACCGCCCCCUCGGACAGCAACACGCAGAGAUCGCGCCAUGAGCCCGGGCGAGCAAGACGGCGGCAGCGCGCGGAAGGGCGGUCCGGCGGGCGGCGGGGGUCGUCCGGCGGCGAAGGCGGUGGGAGCCUGGGCGGUGAGCGCGCUGUGCCUGCUGCUCUCCGUGGGCUCCGCGGCCGCCUGCCUGCUGCUGGGCGCCCAGGCGUCGGCGCUGCAGGGCCGGGUGGCAGCGCUCGAGGAGGAGCGGGAGCUGCUGCGGCGCGCGGGGGGCCCGGGAGCCCUGUCCGCCUGGGCGGAGCCGCACCUGGAGCGCCUGCUGCGCGAGAAGUUGGAGGGACAAGUCAAGCUCCGGACUGUUCGGGAAGCGCCAUCGGAAUGUGUCUGCCCUCCGGGGCCCCCUGGACGGCGUGGCAAGCCUGGAAGAAGAGGUGACCCCGGUCCUCCGGGGCAAUCAGGACGAGAUGGCUACCCGGGGCCUCUGGGUCUGGAUGGAAAGCCAGGACUUCCAGGCCCCAAGGGAGAAAAGGGUGCACCAGGAGACUUUGGACCCCGGAUGGUUUUCCCACGGCUCCACCCGGGCUUUAUAAGUAGAGACCAUCACAUGUACAGUCGCCGCAUCCUCAAGGGCGACCAAGGGCAAGAUGGGGCUGCUGGGCCUCCUGGGCCCCCGGGGCCUCCCGGGGCUCGGGGCCCUCCUGGCGACACUGGGAAAGAUGGACCCCGAGGAGCACCAGGCCCAGCGGGUCCCAAAGGAGAGGCUGGACAAGACGGUGAGACGGGCCCAAAGGGACCUCCAGGGCCCAAGGGUGAGCCCGGCAUUCCUGGAAAGAAGGGGGAUGACGGGACGCCGAGCCAACCAGGGCUCCCUGGACCUCCGGGGCCCAAGGGCGAGCCGGGGAGCGUGGGGCCACGGGGAGAGAAGGGCGUGGACGGAGUCCCGGGGACAAAGGGCGAGCCCGGCCUGCGAGGAGCCGACGGAGCCUCCGGGCUGCGGGGUCCCCCCGGCCUCAAGGGUGAGCAAGGAGACACAGUGGUGAUUGACUACGACGGCAGGAUCCUGGAUGCCCUGAAGGGUCCUCCCGGCCCGCCGGGGCCUCCCGGAAUCCCCGGAGCCAAGGGUGAGCUCGGAUUGCCUGGUGCCCCCGGAAUCGAUGGAGAGAAGGGUCCCAAAGGACCAAAAGGAGACCCAGGAGAGGCUGGGCCAACUGGACCCAAAGGGGAAGCAGGCGAAAUGGGCCUGUCUGGCCUCCCGGGUGCCCACGGCCCCAAGGGCGAGAAGGGAGAGCCGGCACCAGACAGCCUAUCAGAGAGCCUGGCCCAGAUCAUAGUGGAGCCAGGGCCCCCCGGCCCUCCUGGUCCCCCGGGCCCCAUGGGCCUUCAGGGAAUCCAGGGUCUCAAGGGCUUGGAUGGAGCAAAGGGAGAGAAGGGCGAGUCGGGGGAGAGAGGCCCCAGCGGCCUGCCUGGGCCCGCUGGUCCACUGGGCCUUAUUGGGCUGCCAGGAACCAAAGGAGAGAAGGGCAGACCCGGGGAACCAGGACUAGAUGGUUUCCCUGGACCCCGAGGAGAGAAAGGCGACCGGAGUGAACGUGGAGAGAAGGGAGAGCGAGGCGUCCCCGGCCGGAAAGGAGUGAAGGGCCAGAAGGGUGAGCCGGGGCCGCCAGGCCUGGACCAGCCGUGCCCUGUGGGCACUGACGGGCUGCCCGUGCCUGGCUGCUGGCAUAAGUGACCAGUGCCCAGCUCACCGCCUGUACAGAUCCAUGUGGACAUUUUUAACUUUUGUAAAAAAACAAGACAGUAAUAUAUUGAUCUCUUUUCACGGGAUGCACUGCCUGUGGCUUUUAACCUUUGAGCAUGUGCCCGGCCCAGCCCCAGAGCAAUCAGCAUGUGAAGCUGACGGGAACGCAGACAGGCCGACCUGGGAGCUGUGUGCCUGAGGGGCCACCACAGGAUUCGGUGUCUGGCUCAGGAGAAGCUGCAGAGAUGCCGGGUUGGGCCUUCAGUCCCCUGACUGGCAGAGAGUCUGGCUGCCCAGCUGCCCUACAAGGCCUGCCCCCUGAAGCUCCAGGGCCCUUGUGGGGGGGGCCCCGGGGCAUGGACCACCCUGCAGCUGCUCCGGGCCUCUUCAGCCAGAGCCAGCUGCUCACCCUCCUGGACCCUGGGUUCCCGGGGAAGGACAAGACUCCCGCCCAGCACUUGCAGCUGGAUACAGGGAGCUGUGGAAAGCACCCCACGCAGGUCCAGCUCUCACCACGUUCAUGAAGCCUCAGGAAGCCAGCCUGUUUGAGAACACGUGUCCUCUGGCCGGCAGUACAGGCCAAGCACUGUGAUCAACACCACGUGAACCCACCUGCAGGGAGCCCCACAGUGCCCAAGUGCGGAGGAUGGCAAGGCCCAUGCUGGAGGGACUCUGCUUCCUGCCGGUCCGCACUGCCCCAGAGCAGGGAUGUGAUGAGACUUUGCCCGCCGGAGGAGAUGGGGUCUCAGAGCUGGGGUCUCACUGGCCCCAGGCUCCCACCCAGGAGAACUCUGGUCAGCCAGCCGAAAGCGGUCUUCCGGGGGAACUGUGCAGACGGAGGGAACCCCGGGGUGGUUCCCGGCCGGCCUGAGCAGGGGCCUGCACCCUGAGCAUCGGGCUCUAAGGAAAAGGCAUCCCCGCCUCCGACAAAGGUCCCCAGCCACCAACUCUGGCCCGGCUACUCGCCUCCCCUCUCUGUGUAGAUAGGUAUUGCUGUGUGUAAUAAACCACGAAUUUGUGUC